AUGGAGUCCGGUAGGAGGUGUUCACAGUGCGGUCACAAUGGACAUAAUUCAAGAACAUGCCAGGAAAAAGGCUACUCCGUGAAGCUUUUUGGUGUGAGUCUUCCAACAGCAAAACAAGACGAUGAGUUGAUAAGGAAGACCAAAAGCACUGGGAAUUUGAUUACAUGCAACGCAGACCACAGUGCAGCCGAAGCAGGGUACUCCUCUGAUUGCCUCAUUCGUUCCCAGAAAGUCAAAGCAGCCCAUCAAAGUUCAACUAAAAAAGGGUUUCCAUGGACAGAAGAGGAGCAUCAAAGUUUUCUACUUGGACUAGAAAGACUUGGAAAAGGAGAUUGGAAAGGGAUUUCAAAAAGCUAUGUACCAAGCAGGACCCCAACUCAGAUUGCAAGCCAUGCACAGAAGUACUUUUUGAGAAUUUCUGCAACUGAUGGGAAGAAGCGAAGGCUAAGCCUCUUUGAUAUGCCCUUCAAAGAACCAGAUUAUCCUCCUCCCGGGUCCACUUUUUUGCCCUCUACUACAAUUCCUCAAAUUUCACAACAGCAACUUUCUCACCUGAAAAGCACUUCACAGUUUCAGGUUGCAAACCCCAUGGAAGCAUCCAAAAUUUUACCCAUGCCUGCAGCUUAUGGAGUUACUGAUUACAUGGGUUAUGUGUAUUUCCCUACAAACAAUGGUAAUUGUGCACCUUAUAAGCCUCAAAUGGUGGCACAGCGUUUCCCAGGUGGACCAUCUCAGACAGAAACUGGCACUUCGUCCACUAAAUUCGAUGGUCUCGAGCUGACCUUAUGA